CGGACAGCUGCAAUAAACAGGAACAACUCAACAACUGCCGUGACUCAAUCACUUAAUCAGAGAGGUUAUAAAAGUAGCCUUUCAAUUAUACGUAUACCUAUCUAUUCCUAGCUAUUAAUUAUCAAUUGUAUAAUAAAAAUGUGAGUGUUUUCAAGUUCAUGUAGCUCUACUGAUAAUAUUCUCAUGGGUUUUCUACGUUCCAAGCAUAAUCAGAAGGGCGCUCUUAACCUCAUCAGUAUUAAUGGUGCUGUCUAGCAACAUUGUUAUCUGUAAUGAACUAAUAAAUAUUUAACGAUUAUUUAUUCAAAACUAAAAGGUUACAAAAUAAUCAUUUUCAAGAAAUUAAUUUUGGAACUAGUUUUACUUAUUUGUAUAGUAAUAGUAAAAUCAAUUCCGAUUAGUAAUUGUACAUUGUUCAGCUUCAUUAUAUAGCAAGAAUACUGCAUAUAACAACAUACAUUGAUUUCAUUGAUAGCUUACCAAUUAAAUAUAACAUGCCACAGCGUGUAUAUUUUUGAACACUGAUACAUUUUGCAGAUAGCUGUUUCUCUUUUACAUACUCAAAAUUAAUUUUAAACGUUUUGAGUGAAUCGUUUUAUUUUUAUUUUUAUUUUUAAUUUUUUUGUCUCAAAAAUGAUAACAGGUAGUUUGAGAUUUAAAGUGAUAUUUAUAAUAGUAUUAACUGUAUUGUUCUGGCAAACAUCAAAAUUAUGGUCCUCAUAUUCAGAAAAUACAAGAGUGAAAAAGAUUUUCGAAAGUGCAAAAGAAAAUACUCAACAAAUAUUGAUAACUGUAUAUUAUGAAGCACUCUGCCCAGAUUCAAGAAAUUUUAUUAUAAAACAAUUAGUGCCUACAUUUGAAAGUCUUGAAGAUUAUAUUGAAGUACAGCUGAUACCUUAUGGGAAAGCAGAAACAAUUGUAACAUCUGAUGACUAUGUAUUUAAAUGUCAGCAUGGAGAACUUGAGUGUGAAGCAAAUAUAGUUCAUGCUUGUUCCAUUAAUAAAAUAACAGAUUCAAGAAAGUCUUUAGAGUUGAUAGCUUGUAUGAUAAGAAAUAAUCUCCAGCCUUUUGAUAUUUUGGAAAGUUGUGCUGGUGGAUUGGAUGAGUACAAGACCAUAUUGAAUUGUGCACAAUCCAACGAGGGUAGAAGAUUGUUAGCCAAAUAUGGAGAAGUCACCAAUGAUUUAAAUCCAAAAGUCAAUUUCAUUCCAACUAUUACUUUAGAUAAUGAGUUUGAUAAUCAAAUAUUGAUACUUAAAAAUCUAAUGAAUCAAGUAUGUCAGCGAUUAUUAUCUCCACCAAAAAUAUGUGACAGUUAACACAUUCAAGAAAGUAUUUUAUAACUUGAAUUACUUUUAUAAUCUUUUGAACCAAGCAGCCACAUGUCCUAUUUUUAUGGCCACAGGUAGCUCAAUUAUUAUGCUUAUAUUUCAUGACUGUACAAUAUUUGUAAAAAUAAUUUUAGAACAUGUCAAAUUAUUAUUGAAUGGACAUGUUGAUAUGAUGUACUAGUAUAUUUUUACUUAGUUUCAGUCGUAAUUUUGCAACUUUGUAAAAAAAUGAUUUGUUUAUCUAUAUGUUAUAAAUAUAUUUAAUAUCAAUCGAUCACAGUUGAUCUGUUUUGCAAAAAUCAUUAUAUGAUUGUAAUUAGUAGGUGGA